GAAGCGGAAGUCGGCGGGGCCGGAAGUGAAGGGCGGCGACGUGGGCGGCGGAGCGGCCGCCGCGAUGGAGGGUCUCUACCACCAGACCAACAAGCAAGUCCAUGAGGUCCAAUCUUACAUGGGGCGCCUGGAGACUUCAGACAAAGACUCAGUACACUUAGUAGAAAAUGAGAUUCAGGCAAGAAUAGACAAUAUAUUCAGCAACUUGGAACGUCUGGAAAUCCUGUCCAGCAAAGAACCUCCCAAUAAGCGGCAGAAUGCUAAACUGCGGGUUGACCAGCUGAAGUAUGAUGUUCAGCACCUGCAGACAGCUCUGAGGAACUUUCAGCAUCGCCGUUACAUCCGGGAGCAGCAGGAGCGACAGCGAGAAGAGCUGCUCGCGCGCACAUUCACCACGAACGACUCUGACACCACCAUCCCGAUCGACGAAACAUUACAGUUUAACGAAUCCCUCCAGAAUGCCCACCGUGGCAUGGAUGAUCUUAUUGGCAGUGGGACCAACAUCCUUCAGGGGCUGAGGGACCAGAGAGUGACAUUAAAGGGUACUCAUAAGAAGAUCCUGGAUGUUGCCAACAUGUUGGGCUUAUCCAACACAGUAAUGCGGCUGAUCGAGAAGCGAGCCUUUCAAGAUAAAUACUUCAUGAUUGGGGGAAUGAUUUUGACUUGUGUAAUUAUGUUCCUCGUCGUGCAGUACCUGACAUGAGCUACCAAACUCUUGCCGGAGGAAGUCGCCGUUUGGAGCAAGAUGGACUGUCCUCCACACUGUCCUUUCCUCUGAGCGCCGCUUUGGCUGAGCCCCUCCUGUCAACUUCAGAGUUUACAAAUCCCACUCGGACACACGGCACGUGGAAAGCACGUCGGGAAGCACAUUUUUUCUGGGGGCGCUGAAGGGCCCUCUGAAAAUAUCCCUGGCCUUUACUGCUCUCACCUGAUUGUCUGCAAGGUUAACGAUCCGCUUAAAAAGGAAGCAGAAGUGAAAUUUGUGCCCAGCUGUAUUGCGAGGUAGCAGCGGCCUUUUGGGUGGGCAGGGAUGAGGGGAUGUAGCGAGCCUUUCCUGCGCCUGCUGGAGGUGGCCCCGGUCGCUGGAUUUUGCAAUGGAAGAAUGCCACCAAGGAGAAUUUCCCAUUGUGGGCACGCUCCUGCGGAAUAAGUGCGCAAAAAGAGGCAGGAAGUGAAGGUAUUCCCAUCUGCAAACCCACCGCGUCGCUUGGAGGGAGAAGGAUUUGUGGGGAAGGGUCUGAAAGCGCGGUUAUAACCUCAGCCAACUUUUAUGUUUACGCGUACAGUAUUAACCAGCACAAACCUUCCCGGUUUAGGCUGAAACGCAUCUCGGCUUACUCAAGGUAUGUUUUGGUACCUUUUUAUGCCCCGCUGCUUCCCAGUGGAAGCUGAACGCUGCGUGCUCCCGCCUGCUCUCGCUCUGAGGCACGUCAGGGCUGCGUCGUCUUGCCGUGCCGCCCGCCAGAUCCGGCCUCCCGCAGCUGUAAGACACAUUUUUCAGCGCUGGUACACAUCACGUUUUGGUGGGUUGUAUUCGCUUUUCUGAGGCGGUUGGUUGGGGUUUUGUGCUCUGUAGCUGGCGUUUGUUGUGAAUUGAUGAAGGGGGCCAGUCCUCCCGGCGCUCAGACUCGGGUUUGCGGGGUUUGUGUUCCUGGAAGCGGGACGGGCUCUCGGCUGCGCUUUGCGUUCAGGGUAACGGCGGGAUGGGAGCAACAGACCUUUCACCCGAAACCCGCUGUCGUCAGAAGAGUUUCCUGAAGUGGCGUGCCGUGGGACGGCAGACAUCCCUCGUCCCUGGGAAGGGUGUUCUUUGCGUUAUCGUUUGUACCUGCAAAAUGGCUGCGGAAGACAUUCUCAUACCUGUUGCCUCACGGAGAUGACAGCCGGCGCAGACGGAUCUCCUUGGCUGCAGACACCAAUCCACGGUUAUGAAAUGCCUCAUCGUUUAAAUAUGGUACUUCUCUCCCCGCGGACCGCCACAGGAUUUUGGGCGUCAUCCACUUCCAUCAGUGGUCAGACGCGUUCCCAUCCCGAUGCGUGUGGAGCAUUUCCAGAGGUCUGACGGUGGCCCAGAAGUGCCACAUUCAGAGGAUGGGGCACAAUGCUGGAAAUUCUUUCAUUUUCUUUUCUUUUUUUUCUUCUGUCUGGAAUGGUUGUGGGUCUUUGGUAACAGGUUACAAGUUCUGCAUCCUCUUUGCUGCAAUCAGCUCUGCUUUGAUGAUUACGUAGCCUGUUGCAAACUUGGAGAAAUGGUAUUAAUAACUGUAAAUAAAAAUAAAUGGAUUUCGGUUAAUAUGGGCAAGUGAAAGGGGCUUUAGCCGUGCUCAUUUACAGUCGCGUGACUAAAGCGUUGACUGGCCUGUGUGCCAUGGCCUGGCUUUAAAGCCCAGAUGAGAGUACCCAGUUUGACCAGCUGCCACAGGCCAGUCGGCUUCUUACUGGGAGCCCGGGGCAAGGCAAGGGCCAGCAGCGCCUGCAGGAGGGGCGGCCGAUGCGCCAUCAGCGCCCGGAUAAUCCUGUCGGAUGGUUCAGCAGAAGACAGCAGGGAAUCCUCCAUGCCUGUCGGGUGCCCCGUGUCCUGCCCGCCUCCUGGCUGGCUGUUCCCGUGCUUCUCCGCGUGUUUGAUGCUUCUCGAGUGAUUUGUGCUCGUCGCGUUCCACGGCCGAGGAAACCCAGCAGCCGGCCAAGCACGGAAUCGGUUUUCAUUGGAGCCUGGGGGACUUGGGAAUUAAAAGGAAAAGAGGAAGUCUGCAGUGGGAGAUCAUCUGUCUUACUGUAUCUUUAAUCUAAAUUUACCUUAAAUUUAUUUUAAAUGUGAAAUCUGAUAGGUUCAGCAUACUACGGGCUUGUGAGACCGUCGUCUGUGAGAACAGUUGGGCACCGUGUAAGGGAUCCCCAGCAAAUCUCUUUCUGUUCUGAUAAACCGGGCCAGUUCCACCUUGAUUUUAUAAGGUUAGGGUUUAGCGCUUAGAGGAUGGCAUUUGAUGGUGUCUGAAGUUUAUUUAGUUGCGACCUGGCGUAGCAGGAUUUCUCUUACACCAAGGUGGGACUCCAGCCAACUUGUUUUCCUUCUUUGGCUUGCGGCAGGAGCCAUAAAAUAAUGGGAACUGGAUUUUUUUUUUUCCUGUUUUUGAGACUAGCGUGGCAUUUUCAUGCGUGUUUCUCUGUUCAUUGAUUUUGCCUUUUUAGAGUCUCCUUGUCCUUCUGUAGGCUGAUGUCCUUUUUGUAAGCAAAGUGUCCUUGCUGCUCGCCGUGUCUGAAGGCCUGAUGUAGGGCCUGAAGGAGCCACUUCGGUAACUGGAUUUGAUAACGUGCAACUUCAAAUUCGUACUACAUGUGAUGUCCAGAAUCAUUUAUAAGAGCGUCUGUGCUGUCUCGGUGUAAAACCCUGGAAGCCUCGGUCAUUCCAGCGUGCACGGGGUCCAGGGUCCUGCUGACGUGAAAUGGGACGGAGCUGGAACGCUGGUGCUCCACACGCUGCUGCUGCAGCUCUGAAGUUCCUUGUCUUACGAAAGAUGGCAUUUCCUUCAACAGAGCUGUUCCGCUUCCCAGCUUCUGGGGCAGAGCAAGCGUUCCAGCUGGUGGGUGAACUGCUCUCUGACAGGAGGACACUGUGGAAACUAACUUGCCUCUGGAAAAAAAACUUUUUACCAGUAUUUUAUACCUAAAGGGGCAAGGGUGGGACAUGAUGUGAUUCAUGUCAUGUGAAUAAAGAUUUUUUUUCAA